AUGCUCUACUCACGGCUUCUCCCAUAUGGCUUUGCCUUUGCCAUUGCUGCGAAUGCUCAGGAUUCCAGCUCCAGCUCCGAUUCCAGUUCUUCUGCUUCCGGCUCUGACAGUGUUUCUGUAUUGACUGGUAUCACUGAAGAUGCUACGCCUACCGGAGACUAUAUCUCAUAUGCUUCAACUAUCACCAUGCCCUCGACAUCUGCAAUCACAACCUCUGAAAUUGUCUCGACAAUAACAAGUGGAUCCACAACCCGAACCACAACCCUCGGAUCAACCACGUUAUUUGGUGUUGGGACUUCAAUAAUAACAUCAAACACUUCCACGGCAACUGGGAAGGAUCAAUCGACAGUAUCUUCAUCCAGUGAUUCUCAAGUCCUCCUCUCAGGAUCGCCAAAAACCUCUUCCAUAUCCCUAAACAGCACCACAAAUGCGACAAGCACCUCGACAUCCUCCUCAACCCUCCCCACAAACACGACCCCCUGCAACAACUACGCGGAAUUCUGCUCCCGCAAAUACGGCAACAUCACCGAAGUGUCGGCCCACAACUCGCCCUUUGUCAAGACCGGCAACGCAGCCGCCAACCAAGCCCUAUCCGUAACGACGCAGCUGAACGAUGGCAUCCGGUUGCUGCAGGGGCAGAUGCACUUUGUGAACAACACGCCGCAUUUCUGCCACACGUCCUGCGACGUACUGGACGCCGGUCCCAUCACGAGCUACCUGGCCGAAGUCUACACGUGGGUGUCGACGCACCCGUACGACAUCGUCACCCUCCUGCUGGGAAACGGCAACUACUCGAAAGUCGAGUCAUACGUCCCCUUCAUCCAAUCAACCGGCCUCGUGCAAUACGCGUACGAACCCCCCAAGAUCCCCAUGGCGCUCAACGACUGGCCAACCCUCGCAUCCAUGAUCCUCUCCGGCAAGCGCGUCAUCUUCUUCAUGGACUACGAGGCCAACCAAACCGCCGUGCCCUGGAUCCUAGACGAGUUCUCCCAGGUGUGGGAAACGCCCUUUGAUCCCACGGACCGCUCAUUCCCCUGCACCGCACAGCGGCCCCCGAACCUCUCGGACAAUGACGCCAAGAACCGCAUGUACCUCGUGAACCACAAUCUCAACUACGAUAUCAACAUCCUGGGAAACUCCCUCCUGGUCCCCGACAUCCCGCGCUUGAAUAUAACCAACAACAUCACCGGCGAUGGCUCCCUCGGUAACAGCACGCAGGAUUGCGUGCAGGAGUGGGAUUACCCGCCCAAGUUCCUGAAUGUGGAUUUCUAUAAUGUGGGUAACGGGAGUGUGUUUGAGGUAGCGGCCAAGUAUAACAACGUGACGUAUACGCGAGCGUGUUGUGGAUUACCGGUCAGUGGAGCGGGGAAGCUGGUGCUCGCUAAGAGGAGCGCGGGGUUUGCGGCGUUGGGUAGUGUGGUGCUUUUGCUUUGGUUAUGA